AUGCAUAAUAAAAAUAAUUUGUUUGUAGUUGUACUCUCUUCUUUUAUAUUGUUAUUAUUUGCUUCAAUAGUAAAUUCGAAUAGGAUUAAAGAAGAAGUGGACUCGCUCAAAGAAACAAUCGAAGAAGUUCUCAGCAUUGAAUUUCCAGUAAAGGCACUAUAUGAUACUAUAUCAAUUUGUAGUCAACCAGAGGAUAUCUUGCUAAUCCACCACAUAGAAUUAACACCUGAUCCACCAAAAAAAGGUCAAGAAUUACGUGUUCAAGGCACUGGAUAUUUCAAAGAAACCGUUACUGAUGGUAGUUAUAUUAAUGUGGUGAUUAAAUAUGGAAUAAUGAAGAUUUAUGAAAUCCGGCUUGAUUUAUGUGAAAAAGCUCCCGAAGUUGAUGAAAAUUGUCCGAUUGAAAAAGGAAAUCAUACAGUUGACAAAUCGGUUGAAAUACCUGGGAAUGUUUUCCCCGGAAGUUACAACAUGUAUGUCAAUGCUUACAAUGCUGAAGAUCAAGAAAUCGCUUUUGUUUGA